AUGACCUAUAAGGGGAGCGAAACAUUCUACACAAAGGUAUUGACUGUAUUGCGAGUAAUUGACUUUUCAAGCAAUAAGUUCACUGGCAAUAUCCCAAAGAUCAUUGGGAAUUUGAAAGGAAUUCAGCAACUAAAUUUAUCCAACAAUAAUCUUGUUGGUGGUAUCCCAUCUUCUUUGGCCAACAUUACAGACCUCGAGUCCUUAGACCUUUCUCAAAACAUGCUUUCAGGAGUGAUCCCUCGAGAGUUGACAAAGCUAACCUUUCUUGCGGUCUUUAAUGUUUCACACAACCAUCUUGUUGGGCCAAUUCCUGAAGGAGAACAGUUUAAUACUUUUGACAACAACUCUUAUGCUGGCAAUUUGGCAUUAUGCGGAGCUCCAUUGCUUGAGGAAUGCAAGAAAGACUCCAUGCCAUCACCAACAGAUGAUGAGACGAUUGAAGAGGACACAAAGUUGAUUGAUUGGAUCAUUAGAUCAUUGGGGUGUGUAAGUGGGUUUAUAAUAGGCUACAUCAUCGGGAAAAUCUAUGUAACUGAUCGACAUCAUGAUUGGUUUAUGGAGACUUUCGGAAGGAGAGGAAGGUCGAAGACAAGAGUGAGGAGAUCAAUACAGAGGCAUAGGAGAAGUUAA